AUGGAACGCUCCGAGCGACGGUCUGCCGUUGGCGCUGGCCUGGGCACGCUCGUCGCGGGACUCGUCGCACUCAGCCUCCUCGCGACCCACGCCAGCGCUAGUGAGUCCUGGAUGGCUGCCGCCCGGCGCCCACCACUGGCACGGAAAAGACAUGAGCACGGAAAAGACAUGACGGGCUACUGGUGCCCACUCUUGCUCCUCGCCCUCUUGUCUCAUCGCCCUCUUGUCUCAUCGCCCUCUUGUCUCCUCGCCCUCUUGUCUCAUCGCCCUCUUGUCUCAUCGCCCUCUUGUCUCCUCGCCCUCUUGUCUCAUCGCCCUCUUGUCUCAUCGCCCUCUUGUCUCCUCGCCCUCUUGUCUCAUCGCCCUCUUGUCUCAUCGCCCUCUUGUCUCCUCGCCCUCUUGUCUCAUCGCCCUCUUGUCUACUCGCCCUCUUGUCUCAUCGCCCUCUUGUCUCCUCGCCCUCUUGUCUCAUCGCCCUCUUGUCUCAUCGCCCUCUUGUCUCCUCGCCCUCUUGUCUCAUCGCCCUCUUGUCUCCUCGCCCUCUUGUCUCAUCGCCCUCUUGUCUCAUCGCCCUCUUGUCUCCUCGCCCUCUUGUCUCCUCGCCCUCUUGUCUCAUCGCCCUCUUGUCUCCUCGCCCUCUUGUCUCAUCGCCCUCUUGUCUCCUCGCCCUCUUGUCUCAUCGCCCUCUUGUCUCAUCGCCCUCUUGUCUCCUCGCCCUCUUGUCUCCUCGCCCUCUUGUCUCCUCGCCCUCUUGUCUCCUCGCCCUCUUCUGGCAUGCUGCUUCUCAUCACCAUCUCCCCGAGCGUUGAUUGCGGAAUCGGGAGCUGUCAUGGGGAGGGUGCCUACUGCGCUUGGUCUGGUGAUUUCGACUUUCAGUGCGGGUGCAGCAAUGGUUUUGCCUUGGACGGCGCUUAUACCUGCUAUAGAGCCGAGUGUUUGACUUAUAUGGACUGCGGUGGAGAUCCCUACAGUUAUGCGUGCACUGUCGCAGACGAUAACACUCUCCGCUGCACGUGCUUUGAUGAUGCUAAUGGUCACAAGAGGUACUACAACGCAACAACGAAGACAUGCCAUGACGCGUGUUAUCUAAAGGACUGCGGGGCAAGUGCUACCUGCUCCGUGGGAGGCGAUGGCGUUCCCAAGUGCUCGUGCAAAGAGAAAGGUCUUAUCUACGACGAAACUGACAGCUCAUGCUAUGACGCGUGCCAUAAUUAUGUAUGCGGGACAGGCGCUUCCUGCUUUGUGGGAGGCGAUGGCGUUCCCAAGUGCUCGUGCACUGACAAAAGUCUUAUGUACGACGAAAAAGAAAAGACAUGCAAUGACGCGUGUCAUAAUUAUGUAUGCGGGACAGGCGCUUCCUGCUCUGUGGGAGGCGAUGGCGUUCCCAAGUGCUCGUGCAAAGAGAAAGGUCUUAUCUACGACGAAACUGACAGCUCAUGCUAUGACGCGUGUCAUAAUUAUAUAUGCGGGACAGGCGCUUCCUGCUCUGUGGGAGGCGAUGGCGUUCCCAAGUGCUCGUGCACUGACAAAAGUCUUAUGUACGACGAAAAAGAAAAGACAUGCAAUGACGCGUGUCAUAAUUAUGUAUGCGGGACAGGCGCUUCCUGCUCUGUGGGAGGCGAUGGCGUUCCCAAGUGCUCGUGCACUGACAAAAGUCUUAUGUACGACGAAAAAGAAAAGACAUGCAAUGAUGCAUGCUUCAGAGUGAAUUGCGGGACAAGUGCUUCGUGCUCUGUGGGAGACGAUGGCACUCCCAAGUGCUCGUGCAAUCUUAACGGUUACAUCUACAACGCAGCAAGCAAGACAUGCAAUGCAGCCCCGUGUCCCGAGGAUUGCGGAACUGCCAAGUGCGUUGUGAAGGAGGGCAAGGCCCAAUGCAAGUGCCCCUUGGGCCUCGAGUUCAAUGAGACUGAGAAGACCUGCAGCGAUGCGUAUUAUACUCCUGCGGCAGACCCUUGUGAUACGGGCACACUCAAGUGCGCCAGGAACUCAAAGUGCGUUGUGAAGAACGGUCAGGGGAUUUGCGAGUGCGACGCCGGCUACACCAAGAGGAGUGGCCUCUGCACUGCCGUGUGCAAGCGGGCCUGCCCUGUGAAUGCGCAGUGCAUGGUGGCGAGAGGAAAGCCGGUGUGUCAGUGCAAGACACAUUUCAAAAUGGAGGGCAACAAGUGCACACCCACAUGCACUACUGCCUGCCCUGCUUAUGCGAAGUGCAAGGAGGUGAAAGGGAGUCCGGCAUGUCAGUGCAAGGCAGGGUUCCGAAUGGAGAAGAACAAGUGCACACCCGUAUGCAAGGGUGGCUGCCCUGCCAAUGCCCAGUGCAAGGUGGUGGGAGCAAAGGCAGCAUGCCAGUGCAAGGCGGGGUUUCAAAUGGAUUAUAACAACAAGUGCACUU